AUGCAGCCCCUCUCCACCCUCCUCACCACCCUCCUCCUAGCCACCACCGCAAUCGCCCACCCCUCCCAAACCCUGAACAAGCGCAGCGUGACCUGUCUCAAAGUCGGCGCCACCGCUACCGCCAGCUGGACCAACAGCGCCGGCCAGUCCUGCACUUACGUGGGCGUCGUGGGCAGUAACUACGGCGAGAAUAGUGACGGAGAGGGCGAUUACUCCUGCAACGGACGUUGCGGAACAGGAUGUACCGGCUUCGCGUUGGGGAAUGUGUAUACCCAGGAUUGUUUCUCGCAUGAUAUGUGCUCGUAUUUUAAUGAUGCUAGUGGGGGCGCGAGUGAUGCCAACUGCGGGGCGGCAUUCAAGGCUGCCGAGGAUGAUUACUUGUUGGGCAUCGUGGAUGGUUGCUCCCAGACUAAUCCGACUAAUGCGGUGUCCAAGCCCUCUUCGAGUCCGGUUUGCUCUUGAUGUAUGAUAUGUUGGUCAGGUUCAAGGGCGGGGGUGUAAUUAGUGCUAGGAAGGCGUAUUCUGCAGAGAUGCGAUGUUUGCUGGCUAUGUGGU